GCUAGUGACAAUAAUGAUAUGAGAUAACUGAUCACUGUAACGUUACUUUACAGAAUUUUGCUUAUCUGGAGCUGUUAAAUCCCGACGAAGUUUGAUAUUUCCAAUUUGCCAACCGCUCACUCGUCGCCAGGUCUAAGUAAAGUAUUUUAUUAACACUCAGUGUCCCUCUGUGAGGCGAGAAAGCGACGAGAGCCAGUGGAAGAAGAAUUGCUUUUAGCCAGUCAUUGCCAUGGCCUCCGAAAGCGGCGAUAGCAACAUGGAUAGAGAAAUGAUUCUGGCCGACUUUCAGGCUUGCACUGGAAUUGACAACAUUGCAGAGGCAAUCACUCUGUUAGAGCUUAAUAACUGGGAUUUAGUGGCAGCCAUCAAUGGAGUGAUACCACAGGAGAAUGGGAUCUUACAAAGUAACUUUUCCAGUGAGGUGAGCCAGGCCAGCAUGUACGGACCUCCAAGCCAAUCAGAAGCAGCCGAUGCAGCAGCAGGAGGUGCAGUUCCUCCCACCUCCUCUUCGUCUUCGUCCUCCUCUCCCCCAUCGUCCUCGACUUCAGCUUUUUGCCCCAGCAACUCCUCCUCCAGACACAUUGUAGAGCGUCAGCCCCGGAUGCUCAACUUCAGGGUGGAGUACCGGCAGCGCACUGUAGAGCUGGUACUGGAGGAAGGAAGCACAGUCGGAGAAAUCAAACAAAUCCUCGAGACAGAGCUUGGGGUUCCAGUGUCCAAAAUGCAGCUGAAGGGAUGGAAGAGUGGAGAUGUAUCUGAUAGUACGGUGCUGAGAAGUUUACACCUGCCCAAGAACAACAGCCUGUAUGUCCUGACCCCAGACAUUGCCCCUACUGCAAGCACCAGCAAAAACAGUGCUCUCCAAGAGUCGUUAAACCAGAACUUCCUGCUGGUCAUCAGCCACCGCGAGGCCCAGAGGGACUACAGUCUCAACUUCCCCGGCUCCAGAACCAUACAGGAGGUGAAGAGGAACAUUUCAGACUUGACCAACAUCCCAGUCCGGCAUCAACAGUGGGAGGGAUGGCCCGCGUCAGCAUCUGAUGACUCUAUGACGCUAGCUGUCUCUGGGAUCAGCUAUCCUUGCCAUCACCUCAGUGUUUGCCGAAGGUCUUCACCAGCCAAUUCCCAGGAGCCCACAGAAGAGUGUGCGGAUGUCCAUAUGGUCAGCGACAGCGAGGGGGAUGAUUUUGAGGAUGCGUCAGAGUUUGGUGUGGACGAUUCAGAGAUGUUUGGAAUAGGCUCCUCCACCUGUCGGAAAUCACCUAUGAUGCCAGAGAAUAGUGAAAACGAAGCUGAUGCCUUACUGCACUUUACUGCCGAAUUUUCUUCGAGGUAUGGGGAGACCCACCCAAUGUUCUAUAUCGGGUCCUUGGAGGCAGCGUCUCAAGAAGCCUUCUAUGGCAAAGCCAGAGAUAGAAAGCUGCUGGCCAUCUACCUCCACAAUGAUGACAGUGUUCUCAGCAAUGUCUUCUGCUCCCAAAUGAUGUGUGCUGACUCCAUUGUCUCCUAUCUGAGCCAGAACUUCAUUACAUGGGCCUGGGAUGUCACUAAAGAAGCUAACAAAGCCAGACUACUCACCAUGUGUACGAGGCAUUUUGGCAGCGUGGUGACACAGACUAUACGGACAUACAAGACAGACCAGUUCCCCCUGCUCCUUAUAGUCAUGGGCAAACGCACAUCCAAUGAGGUCCUAAAUGUUAUUCAAGGCAAUACGACAGUGGACGAGCUGAUGAUGAGGUUAAUGGGAGCAAUGGAGAUAUUUACAGCACAACAACAAGAGGACAUCAAAGAUGAGGACGAGCGCGAGGCAAGAGAGACGGUGAAGAGAGAACAGGACGAGGCUUACCGUCUGUCUUUAGAGGCUGACCGUAAAAAGAGAGAAGCCCAAGAGAGAGAAGAGGCCGAGCAGGUUCGCCUGGAACAGAUGAGAAGGGAGCAGGAGGAGGAGAAGGAGGCAAUCCGCCUGUCAUUGGAGCAGGCCCUACCGCCAGAGCCUGACGAGGAUUCAGGAGAGCAAAUCAGCAAACUGCGAAUCCGCACGCCGAGUGGCGAAUUUCUGGAAAGGCGUUUCCUGGGCAGCUGUAAGCUCCAGGUCCUCUUCAACUUUGUGGCCUCCAAGGGAUACCCCUUUGAAGAGUUCAAGCUCCUCACCACCUUCCCUCGUAGAAAUAUCACCCAGUUGGAUCCAGGGUCAACUCUGCUGGAGGCCAAGCUCUUUCCGCAGGAGACGCUCUUCCUGGAGGCUAAAGAAUAGAAACUGGCCCUCUGAUAGCCGAGAGGACCGACUGACUGAUGAACUGGCUGGACACACACUAGUCACCGAGCAUGGGCCCCCACCAGCUGGGCCUACAGUACACACACACCGACACACACACCGACACACACAAACCAUCCUCUCAGACGUACAUGAACACACUGGCAUGCACAUCCAGUGACACACAAGUGCAAGUAAGCUUCUCUGCCCUCGGCCUGGUCGUGGCACAUGAAUGCCAAGUGUACACGUGUUGCACAGAGGAGCAAAGACAGUAUCACAAGCACACAGCCAAACAUUCACCUCCCCCGAAUCUCUCUCUCUCUCUCUCUCUCUCUCUCUCUCUCUCUCUCUCUCUCUCUCUCUCUCUCUCUCUCUCUCUCUCUCUCUCUCUCUCUCUCUCUCUCUCUCUCUCUCUCUCUCUUCACACACUUCACAUCUUCACCUUCCCAACUGCUGUGUCAUGGUUUUCUCUCACAACACAACACAGUACGAAAACAGCAUUGAGAGACUGAGUGGACAAAUCUUUGUCACAGGAAAAUAAAAAUAAACAAAACAAACAAAAAAAAUGGACUCGCUCCCCUCGUUCCCACAUUCAACACACCGAGGCUGCUUUUUUAGGACAUGGUUUUUGUGUUUGAAAUCAAAAAAAUGCUAAAAAAUGAAAUGAAAUAAACAGCAAGAAGAGAUGGUGCCCGGCAGAAGUCUGGGCUGUCUCAUCUCCACCUGUAUUUACCCCCCUGAACCUUCCCAGACUCCACUCUCCACCCCAUCCCUGCCCCUCCCACCCCCUGCACCCCUCCGUCCGCCAUCUGCCGCGGGGAUGAGACGUGAAGGGACGCUUGCAGCAUCUGCAGUGCCCCCUCAGUCUGCGCACCCCCUGGUUUCAACAUCCACUGCUCCACAAGCCAACAGAUUGCUCAAUUUUCAGUUCUUUCUUCUUUUUUUUUCCUCUUGAUCCUUUUUAAGUUUGAUGCUGUAUUAGUUUUAGUUUGAUAUACAUUAUAUAAAAUAU